AAUUGGAAAGAAAGGUAAUAGGGAGAAAAGUACGAAGAAAGAGAGUAGAGACUUCCACGGGAAGAGAUCAAAGGAAAGACGGGUGCUCGAGCUUCGUCUUUCUCCCCUUGUUCACUGAGAAGAAGAUGAACGGUGGUCCAUCUGGCUUCAACAAUGCUCCUGUUACAAGAGCUUUCAUUAUUGCCUCUGCUCUCUUCACCGUGUUCUUUGGAAUCCAAGGCCGUUCAAGUAAACUCGGAUUGUCAUAUCUGGAUAUUUUUGGGAAGCUUCGACUUUGGAAGCUAAUUGUGUCAGCUUUUGCCUUUUCUUCCGUACCAGAAUUGAUGUUCGGACUCUACUUACUAUACUACUUCAGGGUCUUUGAGAGACAGAUAGGUUCCAAUAAGUACUCUGUCUUUAUCUUGUUCUCUAUAAUCGUUGCAUUACUCUUUGAGUUCCUCACACUAACACUCCUUAAAGAUUCUGCAGUGAACCUGGUCACAACAGGACCUUAUGGUCUUAUAUUUGCUUCAUUUGUCCCUUUUUUCUUUGAUAUACCAGUUUCAACAUGGUUUCGUGUAUUUGGAGUGCGCUUCUCUAAUAAGUCUUUCAUAUAUCUGGCUGGUCUGCAGCUGCUUUUAUCAUCCUGGAAAAGAUCCAUCUUACCAGGGUUAUGCGGCAUCCUAGCUGGUUCUUUAUACCGUUUGAAUGUCUUUCAUAUCCGCAAGACAAAGUUACCAGAGUUCGUUAUUUCAUUCUUUUCUCGGAUUUCUUGGCCAACCACGGGGAGUCCACCUUCAGCACCAGCUAGGAGUAUUGUAAGAAACAUACCAUCCAAUGCAAGUCGCCAAGUGGAGAGAAACUACCCGUCCUCCAUGCCAUCUGCCAUAGAGCCAUCAGAGGACUCUAUCGCUACCCUGGUUUCUAUGGGCUUUGACAGGAACCCAGCCCGGCAGGCACUUGUGCAGGCUAGAAACGAUGUCAAUGUGGCUACUAACAUCCUUCUCGAAGCACAGUCUCACUAGUUCCAUCAACACUGUUCCAUAAAAUGAAACCUAUAUUGUUUCAAAUUCUGAGAUGGAAUCUUAUCUGACACAGACAUGCUGGCCAAGCAAAUUUGCACGAAUGAGUGACAAGAUUGAUAUGCCUAGAGAAACCCCGUCAAGGUUUUUGCAGUAUCACUCUAAAGGAAAGGGUUUUCCUCUUUAUUUUUUCUUGUAAUUUUUAGUUUCUUUUGUAGUCCUUGUCAUUUUGGUUGUAGCUAUUGGUUGCAAGAUAAAUAUUCAUACGCCACUAACAGACAAUUCGAAACAUGUCCAAUUUUUCGCACUAACUUGUGAACUUGAUUCUAUGCCCAUGUAUGCCAUGCUUACCUUUGAUAGGUGUGAACAUGCA